GCAUGAAGGAGCCCUUUCGGGCGAGCUCCAGCCAUGCAUCAACACAAUACCAGGUUCGGAGCGUAGGUGCGGCUGCGCUGCCAGACUGCCUUGUGAGCUGAUUUAACUAGUUCUAUUAUAAAAUGUUUCUGGGUGGCAUUCAAAGAAGCACAUUCCAAGGCACGAAGUUUACUAACAAACUCUUGUUUGGGGCAUUUUGAUUGAUUUUGGCUUCUCAUUGCAGAUGCAGAGCAACAACGCUGCCCAAGCUCCUCGGGUGUUUGUGAGUGCCCUGCCUGCUGCCUUGGCGCAGAAUUUGCCACUUCUCCACACUAUCUUCACCACCUUCGGAGAAGUCGAGGAUGUUUGGGCCCGUGUGGUGAAUCGCACGCGAAGUGUGCACGAAAGCUGGGGAUUUGUUCGCUUCAAGCUUCCUGAAGGUGCUGCAAGAGCUGUUUCCUUCGAAGACUGGGAAGGACUUCUGAAAGAUUCAGGUCUCUCAGAGACCUCUUUGAACGUGGCCACUUGCGCUGCAGAGUCGGAGGAGGAGGUGGUGUCAGAGGCUACAGUCAUCAAAGCGCUUGAAAGAGAAGAUGCAGCUACGUUCGACUUUGAGUCCUUUCGUGGGAGAUUUUCAAAGGAUUUGGCACGCCCCGUCUUGCGCCGAGAUGCUGAAGUGAUUUUCCGAGUGCUACAGCAGCAUAGGCCUGACACUACGCUCCAGGCGCAGCUGCAAGCUGCAAAGGAUGCUGCAGAACUUCCAGGAGGCAAAGGCCUUCUGCUCCUCACUGCUUACUCGAGAAACUAUGCUCCUGGCAAAGUGUGUGAAACAGCCAACCGAACGUAUGCUGAGAGGCAUGGCUAUGACUUUGAGUGCGACGUCCUCCCGGCUGAUGAAAUGUUGGAUGCAAUUGCUCCACGAGACGCUCACACUUGGUACAAGGUGCUGAUGCUUCGCCGAGCAAUAGCAGCAGGAAAGCAUGGAUUCGUUGUUUGGAUCGAUGCAGAUGCCCUGGUGGUGGAUCAGGAGAAGCCAUUGGAAGCCUUCAUUGCACAGGCUGAAGGCCGAGACCUCAUUGUUCAAGAAGAUCUUUCGGCAGAAUGUCGCAUAAAUUGUGGCGUGAUGAUCUUCCGGAGGACGUCUUGGUGCCAAACUUUACUACGAUUAUUGUGGGAAGGCAAUCUUUCAAGACGGCAUCAUUGCAAGGCUUACUAUGAACAGUCUGCACUGGUCCGGCUGCUCGUAGAGGCUGGCGAGUUGGAUCCAAGGCCCAGGGGGCGCCUGCAACAUCGAGCUCUUUCUGACAAACUGUGCAUUUUGCCCCUUCGAUGCCUUCAAACCAAUCGCUUGCGAGAGGUGCAGCUUGAAGGUGACGAGCAGACCUUCAUUUUCCACCCGCUGUUUGCAUCCGAGAACUUUGCUGAAGACAAGGCGGAGGCAUUGCUGCGCAUUGAUGCUGCAAAAAGAAAAGAUACUGCUGGAGUUGCUUUUGAGUUCAUUUUUUAGCUGUGGGUCAACUUACAGUACUGAGAAGUGGUAGUGUGAU